GGGGCGGAGUGCGGGCGGAAGUCGGCGUCUGCGGAAAAAAGAAAGGAAAGGGAGACGCGGCUGGGUGCGGUGAGGCGAGGCUGGGAGCUGGCGGGAGGGUGCCGCCUCCUCCCCCGCCCUCUCUGCUGGGGAUGGAAGUGACGAAAGCAGCCGAGGAGGUCACUUCCUGCUGGGGUGGAUGAGGAGGAGCCGGAGACGCCGCGGAGGAGACCGGACCGAAGACGGACCGUGCCGGGGAGAGCAGGAGUGCGAAAAUGAAAGCAGGCUGUAGCAUCGUGGAAAAGCCAGAAGGAGGAGGAGGAUAUCAGUUUCCUGACUGGGCCUACAAAACAGAGUCAUCCCCAGGCUCCCGGCAGAUCCAGCUGUGGCACUUCAUCCUGGAGUUGCUGCAGAAGGAAGAGUUCCGCCAUGUCAUCGCCUGGCAGCAGGGAGAGUACGGAGAGUUUGUCAUCAAGGAUCCAGAUGAGGUGGCCCGCCUCUGGGGCCGCAGGAAAUGCAAACCACAGAUGAAUUAUGACAAGCUGAGCCGAGCCCUCAGAUACUAUUACAACAAGAGGAUCCUUCAUAAAACAAAAGGGAAAAGAUUUACUUAUAAAUUUAACUUCAACAAGCUGGUGAUGCCCAACUACCCAUUCAUCAACAUUCGGUCAAGUGGUGUUGUUCCUCAGAGUGCACCACCAGUGCCAACAGCCUCUUCCCGAUUCCAUUUCCCACCUCUGGACACCCAUUCUCCAACUAGUGAUGUGCAGGCAGGGCGGUUCUCUGCUAGCUCCCUAAGUGCUUCUGGCCAAGAGUCAACUAAUGGCACCGAUAGAAAGGCAGAGCUUUCGGAGCUGGAGGAUGGCUCCGCCACUGAUUGGCGCCGGGGUGUGGAUCUCAUGUCCUCCCGGAAUGCUGUCGGUGGAGGAGGGAUUGGCCAUCAGAAACGCAAGCCUGACAUAAUGCUUCCUCUGUUCACUAGACCAGGGAUGUAUCCUGACCCCCACAGUCCCUUUGCUGUCUCUCCAGUCCCUGGCCGUGGAGGUGUACUUAAUGUCCCUAUUUCACCAGCCCUUUCCCUAACUCCCACCAUCUUCUCCUAUAGCCCAUCACCAGGCCUGAGCCCCUUCACCAGCAACAGUUGCUUCUCCUUCAACCCUGAGGAAAUGAAACACUACCUUCAUUCUCAAGCCUGUUCUGUGUUCAACUACCAUCUUAGUCCCCGGACUUUUCCGCGUUACCCAGGGCUCAUGGUUCCACCACUACAGUGCCAAAUGCAUCCUGAGGAAUCAGCUCAGUUUUCUAUCAAGCUGCAGCCCCCGCCAGUUGGGCGGAAGAACCGGGAGAGAGUCGAGAGCAGCGAGGAAUCAGCGCCUAUGACUGCAUCCAACAUGGCUCCUUUGCCCCCGAGAAUUAAGGUAGAGCCUGCCUCUGAAAAGGAUCCUGAGAGCCUCAGUCAUUCUGCACAAGAAAAGGAGGAGCACUCUCAAGAAGAGGGCACUGUGCCAAGCAGGACCAUAGAAGAGGAAAAGACAAAAGGCACCAUCUUUGCCCGCCCCACUCCACCAUCUGUCUGGCCCUCUGUACCCAUUAGCACCCCUAAUGAAGAACCCCUAGAGGUGACUGAAGAUAGUGAGGACAGGCCUGGCAAAGAGCCCAGUGCACCUGAGAAGAAAGAAGAUGCCCUGAUGCCCCCCAAGCUUCGGUUGAAGCGGCGCUGGAAUGAUGACCCUAAAGCCCGAGAGCUGAGUAAGAAUGGCAAAUUCCUUUGGAAUGGGUCAGGACCCCGGGGCUUGGCAACAGCAGCUGCUGAUGCUUAGAACUGGAAGUGGAUUGGGAGCUGUUUAUACUAUAAUCAAAUACAUACAUGUAUUUAUGUAGCAAGAUUGGGGGGGGCGGGAGGGGGGUAGUUAGACUGGUUUGAUCAUUCAAGGGGCAUAGACUUGUAUUUUUAUGUUUGGGGGAUGGGAUGGGGUAUCUUCUGUUGUAAAUUAG